UUGAAAUUCAAUAUUAACCAUGAAAGAGACCAACGUGGUUCCGGCAAACAGUACCAAGACCAACGUGGUUCCGGCGAACAGCAUGGAGACCAACGUCGUUCCGGGCAUCAGCACAGAGACCAACGUCAUUCCAGCGACUACAGAGACCAACAUCUUCAGCUCCAUCAACAACAUCGGUUUCUCAUUUCACAACACCCAACCUUCCCGCUCCCUUCAGUCCAUCAACGUCGUUUGGUCGUCGUCGGUAAUGGCCAACCUGGCUGUAUCUCAGCUUGAGCCUGCGGAAGAAAAGCAAGGAACGACCGAAGAAAAUCCUGAGGAACAAGGCAAUCCACCUGCCUAUCGCUGGUGGGCUGAUCGCGAUUAUCUCGGAAACAAAUACACUCAGAUUGGUAACGGGGACUCAUACUCGAGAGUACCGAGGGUGCUGGAACUGAGUUACCCAGUGGCAGUAUCACGCUAUGCCCUUGCUCCCGAUUUCGUCCCUUCUUCUUCAACUGCCUGUGACCAGCACCAGCAUCAACCUCCAAAGCGUCCUUCACCACUCUACAAGACGGUAUUAUGUCGGUACAAAAGUUCUUGCUCGAAGGGAGACGGGUGUAACUUUGCCCAUACUCUUCACGAGAUUCGUAGGACACCCAUGUAUGACGGAGAUUGCAAGUUCGGAAGCCGUUGUCCGUAUGGCCGUAAUUGCUUUUACCGUCAUUAGAUAUUUCGGGAGACUUUUCUUUAUUUUUGACCAAGCUUUCCUUGAUUUUUACCGAUAUGAAUUUUAUUUACUUUUACCGCCGAACGCAUGUAUUACAAAAAAGUCUUGAAUAUUUGACCAAGCUUUUCUUUAUUUUUACCGAUGUGAAUUUUCUUUACUUUUACCGCCGAACGCAUGUAUGUACAUAAAAGUCUUGAAUAACUGUAUGUGCAUGUUUU